UGCGACAGUUUUGCAUUUUAUAAUUUUGUCAUAAUUUCACUCCCACCAUCUUAUUUUUCACAAGGGAAACUGUCCAUCCUGGGCCAUCCGGGCCAAUCGAACAAUCCAGAUCGUCCGGAUAAUUCAGAUUAUAGUGAAUCAAGCCGCAAACGAAGUAAAAAAUAUUAUUUGGAACCAUUUGUUAAGACUAAUUGGUACAAAGCAAAUGCAUAUUGUAGAUCUCGUGGAAUGGAUUUGGUUAGCAUCAAAUCACAUGAAGAGAAUUUGGACGUGUUGACUUUUAUUAGAGAUGCAGGCUUCGUUGACGAAUCAUUUUGGACAGCUGGUACUAUAUUGGGUGACACGCGUUACUAUUGGAUUAAUGACGAUGUUAGAUUCAGAUAUACGGAUUGGUCGAAUGGACAACCGGAUAAUUAUCAAAAUCAAGAACAAUGCAUGCAGUUGAGGAGUGAAUACAAUUUUCGUUGGAAUGAUGAAAGUUGCAAUACUAAUUGUAACAUAAUUUGCGAAAGUCCAUUGUAUGGAACUCAUUCGACAAGAUUGUUAGAAUUCGAUAUUCACAUCAAAAAUAUAACAAAUUAAGAUCAAAAAAAUAAUAAGAGAAAAAUCAUAUUUUUAACGAGACCAUGAUUUUUUCCUUUGUUGUGUAUU